CUCGCACUACCAAGUACUGCAGCCAUGGAGUCCAUGCUCAAUAAACUGAAGAGCACCGUUACAAAAGUAACAGCCGAUGUCACCAGCGCGGUUAUGGGAAACCCUGUCACUAGAGAGUUUGAUGUUGGGCGACACAUUGCCAGUGGUGGCAAUGGGUUGGCCUGGAAGAUUUUUAAUGGGACAAAGAAGUCAACCAAACAGGAAGUGGCUGUUUUUGUCUUUGAUAAAAAGCUGAUUGAUAAAUAUCAAAAAUUUGAAAAGGAUCAAAUCAUCGAUUCUUUAAAACGUGGAGUCCAACAGCUAACCCGGCUACGACACCCUCGACUUCUUACUGUCCAGCAUCCUUUAGAAGAGUCAAGGGAUUGCUUGGCAUUUUGUACAGAACCAGUUUUUGCCAGUUUAGCCAAUGUUCUUGGUAACUGGGAAAAUCUACCCUCUUCAAUAUCUCCAGACAUCAAGGAUUAUAAACUUUAUGAUGUAGAAACUAAGUAUGGUUUGCUUCAGGUUUCUGAAGGAUUGUCAUUUUUGCAUAGCAGUGUAAAAAUGGUUCAUGGAAAUGUUACUCCUGAAAAUAUAAUUUUGAAUAAAAGUGGAGCCUGGAAAAUAAUGGGUUUUGACUUUUGUGUGUCGUCGAGCAAUCCUUCUGAACAAGAGCCCAAGUUUCCUUGUAAAGAGUGGGACCCAAACUUGCCAUCAUUGUGUCUUCCAAAUCCUGAGUACUUGGCUCCUGAGUAUAUCCUGUCGGUGAGCUGUGAGACAGCCAGUGACAUGUACUCCUUAGGAGCUGUUAUGUAUGCUGUGUUUAAUAAAGGGAGACCUAUAUUUGAAGUCAACAAGCAGGAUAUUUACAAGAGUUUCAGUAGACAACUGGAUCAGUUGAGUCGUUUAGGAUCUAGUUCACUCACAAGCAUACCCGAGGAAGUUCGUGAACAUGUCAAACUGUUGUUAAAUGUAACUCCGACUGUAAGACCCGAUGCAGAUCAAAUGACAAAAAUUCCCUUCUUUGAUGAUGUUGGUGCAGUAACUCUUCAAUAUUUUGAUACCUUAUUCCAAAGAGAUAAUCUCCAGAAAUCACAGUUCUUCAAAGGAUUGCCAAAGGUUCUACCAAAGCUGCCCAAGCGUGUCAUUGUGCAGAGAAUUUUGCCCUGUUUGACCUCAGAAUUUGUAAAUCCUGACAUGGUACCUUUUGUUCUACCGAAUGUUUUGCUGAUCGCUGAGGAGUGCACCAAAGAAGAAUAUAUCAAAUUAAUUCUACCUGAACUUGGUCCUGUGUUCAAACAGCAGGAGCCAAUCCAGGCUAGCAACAUGAUUUUGUUAAUUUUUCUACAAAAAAUGGAUUUGCUGCUAACCAAAACCCCUCCGGAUGAGAUAAAGAACAGCGUCCUGCCAAUGGUCUACAGGGCUCUGGAGGCACCUUCAAUCCAGAUCCAGGAGCUCUGUCUAAACAUCAUUCCAACUUUUGCAAAUCUUAUAGACUACCCGUCCAUGAAAAACGCUUUGAUUCCAAGAAUUAAAAAUGCCUGUUUACAAACGUCUUCCCUCGCUGUUCGUGUGAACUCAUUAGUGUGUUUAGGGAAGAUCCUGGAGUACUUGGAUAAGUGGUUUGUACUUGAUGAUAUCCUGCCCUUCUUACAGCAGAUUCCCUCCAAGGAACCUGCAGUCCUCAUGGGGAUUUUAGGUAUUUAUAAAUGUACUUUUACUCAUAAAAAGUUGGGAAUCACCAAAGAGCAGCUGGCUGGAAAGGUACUGCCUCAUCUCAUCCCCCUGAGCAUUGAAAACAACCUCAACCUCACCCAGUUCAGCUCCUUCAUUGCUGUCAUAAAGGAGAUGCUGAGCCGACUGGAGUCGGAGCACAGGACUAAGCUGGAGCAGCUUCACAUAAUGCAGGAGCAGCAGAGGUCUUUGGACAUAGGGAAUCAAAUGAGCGCUUCUGAGGAGACAAAAGCCACACCUUCUGGAACUCAGCAGAUUGAUAAAGUCUUUAACAACAUUGGCGCAGACCUUCUAAGUGGCGGUGAAUCAGAAAAUAGAGAAGACGGGCUGCAGGGUAAACAGAAAAGAGGGUCACUAACACUUGAAGAGAAACAGAAGUUAGCGAAAGAACAGGAGCAGGCACAGAAGCUGAAGAGCCAGCAGCCUCUUAAGCCCCAAGUCCACACGCCCAUCGCUCCUGUCAAACAGACUAAGGACUUGACAGACACAUUGAUGGAGAACAUGUCGUCCUUGACCAGCCUUUCCGUUAGCACUCCUAAGAUUUCUGCUUCAAGCACCUUCACCUCAGUUCCCUCCACAGGCCUCAGCAUGAUGUUUUCUACACCAAUUGAUAAUACAAAGAGAAAUUUGACAAAUGGCCUAAAUGCCAACAUGGGCUUUCAGACUUCAGGGUUCAACAUGCCAGUCAAUCCAAACCAGAACUUCUUCAGUGGUACGAGCACAGCUGGUGUGACCACCAUGACUCUGGGAGCACCUCCUACUAUGUCAAACUUCAGCCCCUUGAGUAUUCCUCCUGCUAGCGUGAAGCAGACUCAACAGAGACCACCUGAUAUGUCUGCCCUUAAUAAUCUCUUUGGCCCUCAGAAACCCAAAGUCAGCAUGAACCAGCUGUCCCAACAGAAACCAAAUCAGUGGCUGAAUCAGUUUGUACCUCCUCAAGGUUCUCCAGGCAUGGGCAGUGCAGCCAUGGGCACACAGGUGAAUGUGAUGGGACAGGCUGCCUUUGGUAUGCAGGGCAACCCUUUCUUCAACCCACAGAGCUUCGCACAGCCACCCCCAACUACCAUGACCAGUAGCAGCUCAGCCAGCAAUGAUCUGAAAGAUCUUUUCGGGUGAGGCGUCUCGCGCUGCCUUUUGGAGGGUCACUGCAGUUUCAGUCACGGGAAAGCUGACUUACGUCAGUGUGAGGCUGGCUUGAAGAAACUGCUUCUGUGGGAGCUGAUGGUUUCUGUGACAGAAAGCACCUGCUCCCAUGCCAGCCGGUGUAGGAGCUGUGUGCAUCCUAGCAAGUGGAAGUGUUUAAAGCAUGGAGGAUUUUCUCCCCAUUACAGACUCCUCUUCAGGUUUUUAAAGAUCCAGUCCUUACUAGUCUCAGUGCAACAGGACAGCUGAAUUAUCCUGAAUAGCAGUUUUUAAAUCAGAUGUUUUAUUUUGGCUUGUAAAUCUUCUUGUUAUUAAAAUCCUUGAGUUGAUGGUAACUGGAAGUCCCCUUGGUAUCUCCCUUCAUAUUCACUUGUCUUCACUGAAAGGGAAGAGUCUUGAUGCUGUGCUAAUGUGUGUGCAUUUGUAAGAUAGUGGGCAGCAACACAGAAAGGAUUGGGUCAUUAUUCGCUUUUCUAGUCUUAUUUUUCAAAGAAAUGUAUGCUUAAUAAAAGCACAGCAAAAUGCUGCAAAAUUUAACUUAUAUUAAUUUCAUUGGUUUAUAAAACAUUAACCAUUCUAAAUGCAAACUAAUCAUUGUAAGUUAUAUUUUAGCAUGAUCUGCCUCAAAUAGCAAUGUAUUUUUCUGCCUUUACUUGAAUAUAUUUAGGCUCACUUUCUUCCCUGUUGUAUCACAGAGGAGCUAUGUACCGAUUUGUACAGAAAACAGACAGAGCACUCGGACACGACUUUCUCAACUACUGCCUUCAUACUUGAUUUUCAGUUCAAACUUCUGAGGUUGCGGCAUAUAUGAAUUACAUUUUCGAAAGGAGAUUUGUUAAAAAAUUAGUUAAGCUAUAUUUAAUGAGUAACUUUUGAGAUUUCUGCCAUAUUGUUUCAAUAUAGUAAAGUCUAAAAAUGAGCAAGCCAUUAGCUACCAUCAGGUUCGAUGUUAGCUUGCCGUGAUGCCUGACCUCGCUAGUACAGUUGAAUUCUUUUCUAGACGUCCCAGAAACUUUGUUUGGACAUUUAGUGUCUGUAAUCAGCCACUGUUAGGAAGAAAGGAGUCAAUUCUAAUAGGCCACACCUCACUUUUUGGAACCGUUCUGAUGUCUGUCGUUAACUUGCUGAUUCUACCACAGAGCCUUAUGCUAUAGACAUCAUUUGUAUUUUUAAAAAGUAUAUUCCACUGUUAUGUGAUAAUUAUAAAACUCCUAAAAAAAAACCUCUGUAUGUAUUAUAGUUGCUGCCAUACAGUUUGUGGUUUUUAAUUAUCUGGAACCAGCAAUCCUUAAAUAAAUCAUAUGAAGUUUAUUAAAUGGCUGAAUGUUCAUUCAGAUUAUAUACGUGUGUGCACAUGGUGGGUAUAAAUUGUAGGACUGAUUACAAAGUACAUUUCAUGCUGAUACCAAUGCUGAAAGCAUCCAGUUAAAGCACACUUGUGAAAAACGUGAGUCAGCAGUCACACCUCACUCCUGAGUGUACUACACUUGGGUGGCAUGACUUAAAAAGGACUGGAGGAUGCAAAGAAGUCACUCAAAAAUUAAAAGCCGUUUAUCUUCGCAACUUUGCCUGAUUCAUUUUUAACACGAUACUAAUAUUUCUUUUGGGAAAUGUUUUAUAUGGAAUAAAAUUGUUAUUGAAGAAUA